UUUCAUUUCAUCUUCAAUUAAAACUAUAACUAACCAUACUUAAAAUAGUAGUAUAGCAAGCAGAUAGACAUGGAAGAGAUGGGUUCUUCAUCUUCAACUCCUUUGCCAAAUCACAACAAGACUUCUUUUGGGUCUAGCCUGAAAAAGAGUUGCCUAUCUUUUGCUGUUUCUAUACAAGAAACCUUUAGAUAUGCAAAAGCCUUCUUUGUGGGUCAGGCAAAGACUAUAACAGCAAAGAAUGAGAAGGAAGCAAGUGAAGCUGAACUUGAGGCUACAAAGAAACAGGUUGAGGCUGCUGAUGCUGCUGAAAACAUCAAGAAUAGACUCAAUAAUCAGCAUAACUAAUGUUUAGCUUUUUUUAAUUCAUGGAACAUAUGUACUAGCCAGUUUCGAACAAAAUAUUUGUCCUUUAACAUUUCAUAGGAAACAACAAACAUGUAUUGUAGUAGCUACUGUUUUUUUUUUUUUUUUUUAUCUUUCUGGUUUUAUUAAUAUGAGUUAGGAUCCUCUCCAUUUCAUGUAGUUCUGUGUUUGUAUCUUUCUGGAGUACUGUACUAUUUUUUUUUGUCUA